AUGGAACUAUUUGUAAUGGGACUUCUCUAUUGUUCUAUUUUGUUUGGAAUGGUGAGAGCAUACACUCUGACAGACGAACAGAAUUUACGAACAUCACUGUUGACGGGUUAUGAUAGUGAGUUAAGACCAGGGACUGACAGAGCAUUUCGCCUUGAUAUAAACACAUCCUUCUAUCUGUUUUCUAUAAAUGAGUUUGAUCUGAACACAGGGAAAUUAACGCUGACUGGUUUCUUUGACACCAAAUGGUUUGACGAAAGACUUUCUUGGAAUUCAGCAAGCCACAACCAGACAAACAAAACCACAAUUCCACAGAAUAGAUUGUGGCUUCCAAAUUUUGUCAAUAUCAAUCCUUUUGAGGAAAUAAAAGGACUUGGAAAUGAUUUGGUUAGAGUACGUGUUUCGUCCUCUGGGAUUUGUGAAUGGUACGCUCUUCAAGCUUUGGAGGUUAUAUGUGAUGCUGAUGUAUCCAAUUUUCCUUUUGACACCCAGUACUGCACUUUGAAAUUCUUUAUUUGGGGUUAUGAACCAACUGAGGUAAAAGUGAAUUUCAUGUCUGCAAAUGUUAUUUUGACAUUGUAUCAAGAAAAUGGUGUCUGGGACAUUGUAUCGUCUACAACGUACACACAGGUAAACUUUUACGGAUUUGAAGAAAUAAUUGUAGGAUUUCAUUUAAAACGAAGAACAGCUUACUACGUAACAAGUCUGAUUCUGCCGAUUACAUCCUUCUCGUUGUUGAUGGGUUUUGUUUUUGUUCUUCCUCCUGAGUCUGGUGAAAGAUUGGGUUUUUCCACAACAGUUCUUUUAUCAAUCGUUCUCUAUCUUACCUUAAUCGAAGGCAUGCUUCCUGAAGCUUCAGAACCUAAUGUCUCCAUUAUUGGACACAUUCUUGUAAGCUAUGUUGUGAGUGGAGCCAUAAUUGUUGUGUUUGUUAUUCUAAGUUUUAAAAUUCAAAGCUGUUCUCGCAGAAAACCUGUCCCUCGAUUCAUUGUGAGCUUCUUUAAAUGUUGUUUUGAAGAAAAAGGUAAAGUGCAAUACUUAUAG